GCUUUAGACCCUGUGACUAUUCUGCUGGUAGACCGCUCGAGUACGUCAAACGCGUGUAGGUGCGGGAACCUGCUGUAACUCUUUUAUCCUGUUUGCAGGCUCUUAAUUACCACAAUGAAAACCUUUUUCAAAUGAACAUAAAAUAAAGAGAGGAGACGCUCACGUCUACAUAAAGAGCAGUAGGCGGUGCGUCAACGAAGGGCUGCACGAUUUUAAUGAAGUGACAACGGGCUCUGUUUCCACCGUGGAAAUAACAGUUUAAUAGUACAGUACUCUGUUGGGUGGGUCCCCACCCCUCAUUCUGCACUGAAGAUUUGCUUUAACACGACUGUAAUCUCUGAAUUGGCAGUUCGGUGAGGAUAUGUCCAAGUUAUUCCGGGCUGUUAUAAUGGGUCCCCCAGGCUCGGGGAAAGGCACUAUCUCGGAGAGGAUCGCGCACAGUUUCGGCCUCAAACAUUUAUCCAGUGGAGACUUUGUUCGAGAAAACAUCUCUGCGAAAACUGAAGCUGGUGUUCUAGCUAAGACGUAUAUAAAAAAAGGAUUGCUGGUGCCAGACCAUGUCAUGACACGCCUUCUGCUGCCUAGAUUGGAGGAGAUGACCAAAUACAGCUGGUUGUUGGAUGGUUUCCCUCGAACACUAGCUCAGGCUGAAGCCCUAAACAGUGCAUGUGAUCUGGAUGUAGCCAUCAAUCUCAACAUCCCUCUGGAAACACUGAAGGAAAGACUGCGACAUCGCUGGAUACAUCCACCCAGUGGGAGAGUGUAUAAUAUGUGCUUCAAUCCUCCCCGUGUCCAGGGGAUAGAUGACAUCACAGGAGAGCCAUUGAUUCAACAGGAGGAUGACAGACCAGAAGCCCUGGUGGCCAGACUGAGACACUACAAAGAUGUUGCCAAACCUGUCAUAGAUUUCUAUAAGGCUAAAGGCAUCCUGUACACAUACUCAGACACAGAGACUGAUCAGAUCUGGCCGAAUAUCAGCACACUUCUCAGCACAAAGAUCCCCACCAUCCAAUCAGAUGCACGGUGUGCUUCAACUCACUGAGGAAAUCCUUUGAUGAUCUUAUAUCCAACGUGGCCUCAUCUCAGAGGAAUUACUGAUUGACCACAUAGAUUUCCAAAGAUUCCAUGUUAUUUUUAUGAUUGUCUGUUAGUAGUACAAUAAUAUUCUUCAUAGUGAUAUCUUUGAUUAUUUCAAUUGUUGAAAAGAUUCCAUACAAUUCUAGAACUUGCUCUCCAAUUUUGUUGGUUCCUAGAUUUGAUUCAGAGUGCACAGAUUUAAUUAGGUGUAAUUAAAUCACAUAUGAAUAAUAAGUGAAGGGUAGACGCAUGUGACUUUGUCUAAGUGAAUGUGAAACUGUUCAAGCAUUUCAAUGAGAUUCUAGCCAGAUUCAAUUAUUUCUGAGGAGGCUUUACUUUAUAUUGACUGUCGUGUUUGCAUUUCUCACAUAUUUCAUUGUAGUGUUAUCAUGCUACUACACACCAUAAGGAAUGCUAUAAUUAUGUUUAUGUAUUUUACAGGCUCUAUAAUCCAAAUAUGCCACAUAUGCCUUGGAAAAGUACAGUUUCUUAAACUGUUGAAAAUGCUAUUGUGGACACCAGGCCUUGUUGUUUAAAAUAUGUUGAUAGAAUGUUUAACUGUGUUAAAAAAUCAAACCAAUGUAUUGGUAACACUAUAGCAAAUGGCUGUAUAUAAGUAUAUUGUGAUGAAAUAGGAUUAUUUCAUAUCAUAUGUUUGUUAAACACUGCCUCUUUUAUGGUGAAUACUGUUCGGCAUUGCAUUUUUAAGAGCCAUAUCUGAGAGAACUUUUGAUAAGAAAGAAUCUAGUGAGGUUACAUGAUUAUAUAUUGUAACUUUUUGUAAAUUAAUAACUGUGACUGUGUUCAGCCAUAACAACAGUGAUAUCUUUUUUAUCCAGAAGAUUAAAGCACAGAUUUACCAGAAACCACAGAUUAAAUUACAAUUAGAUUAAAAUUUGUCGUCAAAACAGAGAGAAGAUAAAGUAUCUCAGAGUGUUAGGCACACAUGUCCAUGUGAUACUUAUCAAACUAUUUUUAUUUGUCUCUGUUUACUUUUCUUUUAUUCUUUCUUGCUUCCCAUUCUCUCUCGUUUUCUGUUUCAGUCCUAUAUACCAGCCAAUAAGGGUUGGAGAAAACACUCAUAAUAAUUCUACGCCCUCUUGUUGUGCAAUACCAUAUACAAGAAUAUACAUGCCUGAGCUUUCCUUUUUUCUUUUUCUUUUUUCCAAAGAAAAUAAACGUAUUUUCUCAGAAA